AUGGCCCACCUCAGGAUGCUUACCCCGGAAACCUCACCGGAACCCGAAGUCCGACCCUCAGGACUAUGGCAGUCAAAGUCAACAAUCACCACCACAACCGCCACACAACCACUACAAAAACGAAAACGCUCAUGGCCCUUCACAACAACACGCCCAGUCAGCCCCCCAUCAUCCUCCUACUCCAUGGGGGGUGACCAACCCAGCAGCACCAGCAUCAAAGCACUCUGGGAGAAUGGGUGGAGGACAGCCGCGAGGAAGGGCCUGACCCCGUUCCAGGACGCACACUACGAGGACCUGCAGCCCAUCUUCGAGACCCUGAUCGAGAGCGGUACCGACGACAUCACUUCCCCCGAGUACACCCUCGCCUUCUACCCCAGGGCGCACGAGCUCGCGCUGAGCGCCGAGAACGCCCUGCUGCACCACGGGGACAAGGCCCUCGCCGCGGAGCUAUACCUGCGCGCGUGCGCCGUCCUGCGCACGGCGCGGCACUCACCACCCCCCUCGUCCCUACCAGCAGCAGCAGAAGCAGCACCAUCACCAUCAGCACCACACCCCGCCUGCCCCGUGCGCGCCCGCGCCUGGCAGCUCCAGAAGUCCUACCACGCCAAGGCAGGCCGCCUCCUCCCCGAAAGCCCCCUGGACGAGGUGACGAUCCCGCACACGCACGACGCGGCGACGCGGCCCGACCCCAACACGGCGUCGGGAGCCGGCGUCCGCGACCGGCGCCGACAGGGCCGCGACGGCGAGGGCCGCGACAAACGCACCCUGUGCACCGGCGCCGCCUGCCCGGCCGUGCUGGUCGUCGCGGACGACCGGACGGCGCACUCGGCGCUUUGCGGGGACCUGCUUGCGCGGGGGUGGGGGUGUGUUGUUGUUGAGGCGCCUGGGUGUGGGGAUUGCCCUGUUCCGUUGUCGUCAUCGCCCGAGGGAGGUGACGCGGCGGCGGCGCUGUGGGCGUCGGUGCUCGAGUGGAUGGGUGCCAUACGCGUGUUCGACAUGGCGCGGGUCGUCGUCUGGGCCGCGGCCGGGGCGGUGGACGACCCCGCCGGGCUGGUGGGCCAGUUCGCGGCUGCCGUCGGUGGCGCGCGGGUCCGUGGGUGUGUUGCUGUCGUCGGGGGAGGCUCGUCGGCUGUGAUGGCGUCCGCUGGUGGCUGGGGAUCGAACGACCGGGUUCUGGUCGUGGCUGAUAAUGACGAGGCUGGAGACAGACUUGUUCUUCUCGAGUAUGGGGCCCUGGGCAUGGGUGCUGAGGCGGCGGUCCAGUCUGUUGCUGCGGGCGCUGCGGCGGUUUACGACUGGGUGGAGGAUCUCCUGAGGCUGGACCUGGCGGUCUAG